AUGAAAAACUAAGAACUUUUAAUAAUCCUAAUGAAGAUUGGCAUGAUAAAUUUGGAGAAUUAUCAGGUGCUUAUAAAGAAUGUAGAGCUGAUAGUGUAGCUUUAUAUCUUAGUACAUAUGAUGAUGUAAUUUAAAUUCUAGUACCUGAAAUAACUAAAGAAAAAAUUUAUAAAGGCUGCUUGGCUUGAUAACAUUAUGGGAGCAUUGAAAGGACUUUAAUAUUAUUCAAUUGAAUAUCCAAAAUUGGGAUAACACAUAUUUUAGCCUCUUAUGUGA